AUGCGACGCGUGUGGUGUGCCAGCCUCAUCGAUACGAUGGCCGGCAAGAAGAAGAAAGGAUCACCCAGGCUAAUACGGAAGCAGAGACAAGAGGCGAAGCGCAUGGACCGACGUCCGGGGGCUGUAGGAGCUGCUCCGAGUGGGAGGUUGGUCCCAGAACGGAAUGGCGGCAGAUGGCAGGUGCCACACCAGCAGCAGCACCAGCAGCAGCAGUACCAGCACCAGCCAAUACAACAGCAGUACAUGCCGGUCAUGCCCCACGCGCGAUUCUACCCGAAUGGAAUGCCGAUACCGCCCUACGCCCCGAUGACAUCCCCACCGCCUCAGUUCAAUCAGUCACCUUACGCACCGCCGGCGUUCAAUUCAGCCUCGAUCAGUGGCCAGACCGAGUCAGUUCUGCCGAGACCGCGCGUGGGGAUUGGAGAGUGCACGGACUACAACCGAACUGACCCACCCCAGCUUUGACUUCAACCCACUCAGAGGUUACUCUCCGCAUGAACCCUUGAUCAAUGGUCCUGUGUCAUUCAAUGGGGGUCACUACAACCCAGCCUUCCUGCCCCAAUUCCAAAGAGGUUUCUUCGAGCCGACACCCCCCGUGUGGGAUCAGCACCAGCGCUGGGGAGCACCGUGCCCGCCUUUCCCUUAUACCCAGAAUCAACAAGACUAUCAACAACAUUACCAGCAAGCCAAUCAGCCAUACCCUCAGUCCCAGCCCCCAAACUACCAGAAUGCUCCGACCCACCCGGCUCCGGCGCAUGGCCGCGGGCAGGGUGGUGCACGACCGAAUGUUCGCCCGAGGGCCGGAUCCCCGCCUGCAUCUACUAGUGGUAGUGGCCCAUACGUCCGACCGCAACGUCGAGUCAAGCGGGCGCGCGAUGCGCCACCUCCCGAACCGAACGAAGCGUACCUCGCCGUUGCUCAAGAGCCUUCGUCCGUCCUUCCCGAACCGAUCUCACCGCCUUGCCUCGUCCUCGACCUCAACAACACGUUGCUGUUUCGCAAGAAGCGAGAUGCGUCCGGUUCACGAUCUCCGAUCGCACGACCUUACCUCGCCACGUUCCUCAACUACCUCGUCAGUCAAACCACCGAUGGGUCACCGAGAUGGAUCCUGGCGGUCUACUCGUCGGCAAGGGCCAAGAACGUCCUGGCCCUACUCGCGGCCGUCGGACUCGUCGACCACGAGCGGGCAAACUCGGUUCAAGGUGGUCAAUCGUGGGAAGCGGAAGAGGGGGAUGCGUUGGCGUUGGUUUGGUCGAGGGAAAAGAUGGGGUUGACGCCGAGAGAGUUCGAUCUCGAUGUCGAGACGUCCAAGGAUUUGGAUCCGCUUUGGCGCGUGCUGGGGGGUGAACUGGGACCGAGAAGAACGGUAUUAUUGGAUGACGAAGAGGGCAAAGCUGUAAGUCCUUCCGAGGGACAACGGGGUGGAGGUAUUGCGGCGACUGAACCCUUACUUUUCAAUUCCGAUUUCAACAGGCGACUCAACCCUACAACCACCUCCCCAUCGAACCCUUCCUGCUCGAUCCCUCGAGUCUCCCACCUUCGAGUCCUCCUCGCUGGGCCUCCUUACCCCGAGGAUUUCGAGCCCCUUCCGUCGAUCUCCCUCGAGCCUCAGCGACCGAGAUCGCUUCGACUCACCCCUGCGGCCAAGACGAAGCGCUCUUGUCGACCAUCUACCUCCUUGAACAACUGCGAGAGCAGAGCAACAUUGCGGGUUUCAUCCGUAACGGUGGAUUGAAAAGGACGGAUAUCGUCGAUGAGGGGAAACGGAUAGCGUGGGCAAGGAAGUUUUGUCGUGCGCAUGAUAUUCCUGUCACGAGGGACUGGGAUCCGAACUGGUUCUCCAGUCCCUAG